GCGGCCAUGGCCUCGGUGGUGGAGUACAAGGGGCUCAAGGCCGGCUACCACUGCGGCUACUGCGACGCCGAGGAGGGCAAGGUGUCCUGCGGUGAGUGUCCCCACGGACCGGGCUGGCGUGGCCGCCUGGCGCCCGAUCCCCGCCGCGCCCCUCCCCAGCCCCGGGCCCAGGAGCGCACAGGCCCGGCUCCCCAAUUCCCGCAUCCCUCUCCCGCUCGCUUCUUCCCAGACUGUUUCCCUUCGCGCUCCUCUCUUCUCCUCACCCUCAUCGAAGAUGGCGGUCCCGUUUCGGAGAAGGAACGGAAAUAGCGGCCGGCUGCCCUCGGUCAAGAUGGCGCGGGCGGCGUCAGCGUGCGAGGUUCCUGAGGAACCCGGCCUGCGGGCGCCCGAGCAGCUUCGCGCGCGCCUCGGGGACUCCCGGGCGGCGCACGGCAUUGUGGGGUGGCGGCGGCGGGGCUGGGCCGAGCGGCGUCGCGCUCGGAGGGCCGGGGCCAUGGCUUCCUGGGCAGCUCUUUCGCCCAGCAUCGUGGAGUAUUUCGACGGCGAAGACUCCUACCGCUGCGGCUAUUGCAAGAAUGAGUCGGGCAGUCGCUCCAAUGGCAUGUGGGCACAUUCCAUGACAGUACAGGAUUAUCAGGAUCUCAUAGACCGAGGAUGGCGAAGAAGCGGAAAAUAUGUGUACAAGCCUGUCAUGAAUCAAACCUGUUGUCCUCAGUACACGAUAAGGUGCCGACCUUUACAGUUUCAGCCAUCGAAAUCUCACAAAAAAGUUUUGAAGAAAAUGUUGAAAUUUUUGGCCAAAGGGGAAAUUUCCAAAGGAAAUUAUGAGGAUGAGCCCAUGGAGCCCACCAUGGAGGACACUGUUGCUGGCGACUUUGGAUUAAUAAAUAAAUUGGAUAUACAGUGUGACCUUAAAACGUUCAGUGAUGACCUCACAGAGCGCUUCGAGAGUGAAGAAAAAAAGAAAGGAAAAAGCCCAAAGGAAGAAGAAUCCAGUGAAUUAAUUCAGUCACAAGCUAUGGAGGAGAAGCUAGGCUCUGGUGAGCCGUCGCAUCCAGUGAAAGUACCCUCGGUUCCUAAGCCAGGCAAAGGAGCAGAUUUGAGUAAGCCUCCCUGUCGAAAAGCAAAGGAAAUCCGGAAAGAAAGGAAAAGGUUAAAACUCAUGCAGCAGAACCCUGCUGGACAGCCUGAGGGUUUCCAGGCUCAGGGUGAAUCACCAUCGUUGUUCCCACCAAAGGCCAAUAAAUCCAACCAGCCCAAAUCACUUGAAGAUUUAAUUUUUGAAUCUUUACCAGAGAAUGCUUCACAUAAGCUGGAGGUGAGGGUGGUGAGAUCAUCUCCAGCAAGUUCUCAGUUCAAAGCCACAUUUCAGGAGUCUUACCAGGUCUAUAAACGUUACCAGAUGGUUAUUCACAAGGACCCACCUGAUAAACCAACUGUGAGCCAGGUGAGGUUAGUACCUGUCUCCUUUGAGGACCCAGAGUUCAAGUCGUCCUUCAGCCGGUCAUUUUCUCUGUAUGUCAAGUAUCAAAUGGCCAUACACCAGGACCCGCCCGAUGAGUGUGGGAAGACUGAGUUCACAAGAUUCCUUUGCAGCUCACCUUUGGAGGCAGAGAAUCCCCCUAACGGACCAGAUUGUGGUUACGGCUCCUUUCACCAGCAGUACUGGCUUGACGGGAGAAUCAUUGCUGUGGGCGUGAUUGAUGUCCUUCCGUACUGUGUGUCGUCUGUCUAUUUGUACUACGAUCCUGACUAUUCAUUUCUGUCUUUGGGUGUCUACUCUGCACUACGAGAAAUUGCUUUUACGAGGCAGCUUCAUCAGAAAACAUCUCAACUCAGCUAUUAUUAUAUGGGUUUCUACAUUCAUUCAUGUCCCAAGAUGAAAUAUAAGGGUCAGUAUAGACCUUCUGAUUUGUUGUGUCCUGAGACGUACAUUUGGGUGCCCAUCGAACAGUGCCUGCCUUCACUUGAGAACUCAAAGUACUGCCGUUUCAACCAGGACCCGGAAGCAGUGGAUGAAGGUCGCAGUAAGGACCCUGACCGUCUGCAGGUGUUCUACAAGAAAGCCAUCAUGCCCUACGGCGUGUACAAGAAGCAACAGAGAGACCCGGGCGAGGAGGCCGCUGUGCUGCAGUAUGCGAGGCUCGUGGGGCAGCCGUGCUCCGAGCGGAUGCUGCUCUUCCGGAACUGAGCCCCCACCGCCGCCCUCCCGGCUCUGGGCACCUGCCUUGUGCCCAUGACACGUCCCUCAACCCCCACCCCCCGGUACGUGCCCCUCCCUCCGGGGACGUGCCGGCACUGCCCACAGAUGAAACUUUUUUGACGAUUAUAUGGCUUUUCUAAAAUAUUUUGUGGCAAUGUAUUUGUGAGACUCUCAUGGUUAAUAUAAAGAUUUUAAAAAUACGUUGUGACCUAGCCUCUUAAUUGGGGUUUAUCACUUUUGGAAGUUUGUUUUAUGAACAAAAUACAGUAUAAACUUCUCGUGUUACUCUUUUGGAAAGUAAAAUGAGUACGUGGAUCUUAAGUCAUUUAAAUCACCAUUGUGCUUUUUUGGUUGGAGAAAUUACAACAGACUCUUCUCAGAUCCAUUUAGCACAUUAGUUUAUGCUACAAAACCUUACGUGUGGGGGGAGGGUAGGGAGUCUGUCUCCUCGCUUAGAAAACGUCUUCUCAGGAGAAGGAGACUGUGUUGUAUUCAGUGUUCAGUAUCAAGUUACUGCUGAAUGGUAUGUAGUUAAUAGAAAACUCAAAAAAAAAAA